AUGGGCAGCGCGUCGUCCCCGCCGCGGCGGCGGCGCCUGUCCACCUUCCACUUCCGCCCGCCGGCGGCGCUGGACAUCGGCCUCACCCUCACGGUGCACGCCACCAACCCAAACGUCGUGCCCGUGCGCUACGGGCCCUCCACCGUCUCCAUCCUCUACGGCGGCGCGCACCUCGGCACGGCGCGCCUCGACGCCGGCGGGCAGCCCGCCACGUCCUGCCGCCUGCUCCACCUCCCGGCGCGCCUCGACGGCGUCGAGCUCGCGCACCGCGCGCGCUCCAUCAUCUCCGACGUCGCGCGCCGCCACAUGGAGCUGGAAGCCACCGUCGAGAUCGCCGGCGAGGCGGCCGUGCUCCUCUGGUCCCGGCCCUUCUCCGUCCGCAUCGACAGCCACAUCACCGUCGACCCCCUCUUCCUGGAGGUGGUCGAGCAGGAGAACAGCUCGGAGAUGCAGCUCUACCUCGCCUGA